AGUCGGUGCUAGGACCGCCACCAGUAAGCAAGUGAUCGCGGCGCCGCGCAACAUUUUUCACGAAGCCGUGGUGUGAACAAAGAUCGAGGAUUUGUGUCGGAAGAAUAAACGGACGUCGUGAUUAUUGGACCAAUUGGGGAUACGACUUUGCAGCUUGAUCUAGAUUUUCAGUUUGCGACGUUGUUCGACGGUAUAAACAAGCAGAGGAGUGAUUGUAGUUUUGGAUCACGAGAAUCUUUGUUAGGCAUUCGAUCGUCGGUUGGGAAGAGUUGUGAUUUGUGGUGAUUUCCCCGAGAGGACAACAAACAGUAAAUUAGAUCAGCGUGCGGAGGAGGACACCAAGAAUUAGGUGGAAUUUCCCGAGCGGCACCGAUCAAACAGUUAUCUAAUCAGUGGCCAUUAGUGCCGAAACGAGGAAUUCUAUUGUCGUCCCAUUGCCGUUCCGUGAGAAACGUGAGAAGAGUGAUUUUUUCGGUGAAAUGUUGUCAUCAUAAUUCUUCACAUGCUUGUUUGGACAGUUGGACGCGAGCACACGCUGCGAAACGAAGAAGAGUCCGCCAACGAGUUCAGGAAGCUGAUGGGGAGGCGAGGAUAGUAGAAAGUAAAAGUGAAAAAUUUAUGUACUAUAUUUGCGCCAGGCCCGCGCCACGGUUUGCUUUCCGGAGGACUCCGGGGUUCGGUUUGGAGUGAGAGGGUGUGACAGUUUUACGACAGGAAAGAAAAGCCGGCAAUUUGUUGUCGCGUUGUUUCGACGCCCCCACCACGACUUCGUCCGUUCCAGUCACCGAAAUAUUUCGGUAAUUUACACGGAAUACUAAUUGUACGCCAGCGAAAGGAAGUCUGAGUGAACAGCAGCAGUAUAACGUCUAUUCUGCAGGGUUGCUGCCAUUCGAGUCAAGAUGGUUCAGGAAAUGCCAAGUAGCAGCGUUCCGGAGGAGCUCUACAAUCUUACCCAGCUGGCGGAGGUAUCGUUGGCUGCCGGAAAAUUGAGCACAACCAUCAACGCCUCACCAGGAGAGCAGUACCAUCACCAUCACAAUCAUCAUCUACAACAUUAUCACCACCCGGAACAAUACAGUGGAGCCAAAUACUACACCUUGCAGCAUGAAUCAGCUGGUUAUCACCCGCCCGAAUACUAUCACUACGCACUUUCUUAUCACGGUCCCCUUGGUGACGAUAACGAUGACAAUCGGAAACGUUAUCUCAACAAUCCAUCGCCAUCGCCAACAGACCAGAAGAAAGAACACCAACCAGUGACACAGUCAUGUUCUGCGACGAAGAAGAAAUGGAAGACGAACUGGGAGAUCAAUCGGAAACUGAAAUUGCAGCAGACACAAAGGGUCAGUAAGAUAAGGGAAGCAGAUGGACGUGUCGAUUGUGACGAUUCGUAUGACUCAGGCAGCCUUACGUACUACACCUCGACGAUAAGGCCAGUUGAGAGCGGUGUCGAGGCUAGUCCACCGAGGUCCGGCAGCACCAGUCGUGCAUUGACCGAGGAGGAACAUGUGUUAGAGAGAAGAAGCUCGUACGCGUCGGAGGAGUCUGAGGACUCGAGUUAUUCGUACUCGCACAAGGUGUUCGAUCGGAAAAAGUCGCGGACGUUGUCGUGGAACAGUGGAAGCAGUUAUAGCCAUGGCGAAGAGGGGAAUCGAAAUGGUGCGGAGCCUUUGGAUUACGGAAUCUAUGAGCGGGACUAUCGGGAACUGAGGGAAGCCGAAGGACGUACCACGGCUAGCAGUGGUGACGAGGUCGGAUCAACGGAUGAUGUGCACAGUUGUCCAGAAUGCGGAAAGAAGUACUCGACGUCUUCGAAUCUAGCGCGACAUCGACAAACCCAUCGAUCACUACAAGACAAGAAGGCUCGUCGAUGUCCGCACUGUUCCAAAGUUUACGUCUCGAUGCCGGCCUAUUCAAUGCACGUCCGUACGCACAAUCAGGGUUGCCAGUGUCCCACUUGCGGCAAAUGUUUCUCCCGGCCGUGGCUGCUGCAGGGUCACAUCCGAACGCACACAGGCGAGAAACCAUUCAAAUGCAGCGUCUGUCAGAAGGCAUUCGCCGACAAGUCGAAUCUCCGGGCGCACGUGCAAACGCACUCGAAUACUAAGCCACAUUCAUGCUCCCGAUGCGGAAAAGCCUUCGCCCUGAAGUCCUAUCUGUACAAACAUGAAGACUCGUCCUGCAUGAAGAACAAGCCUGGAAAGCACCCCUCGACCAAGCAAGGUCACGCCAAAGCGCGUAGGAAAGUCGAUAAAGAACGUUCUUCCGGAGGAUACGACAGUGGAUAUCCGACCGGCUACGGAAAGUUUCAUCAGUCGCCGCAGCAGAUCAUCAGUCCCUUGGAUUUGGCCCGACAGACUGAACAGCAGAUGAAGAAAGAAGCUGUACGGGCCAAGAUCCGAGAGGUGCUGGAAGACAACUGCAAGAAGUCAGCCCAGCUGAAGGCAGCUAUGGACAAUCGGAUUAGUGUUAUUCGUACCACGGCUAGCACUAACCACGAAGCAGGAUACUACUUGGGCCAUCGACGAGAAUCUACAUCGAUGGAUUCUCGAGAAACUGCUCAAGUGAAUUUGGGAAGUGAACGAAGUGAUAGCAGUAGAGGCAGCAGUUACGAAUAUCCAAAGAACUACGCAAUCAGUGCGUAACAAUUUUGUAGUUAGUUUUAAGACUAGCAUUUGGAACAGGGUAGAAAUCUAUGACCUCUAAAAGUGAUAGCAAAAAAAACAAAACUCUGACAAUUGUAAAAAAAUCUCCUUUAGAUGCAUUAACAAUUUGAGAUCAACACUGCAGUUGUUAUACUUCUGUUGCGAUUUUUGUUUGUGCCACUAUAGUGGUAUACUGGUACAAGUUACAAAAAAGCAGUUAUUAUACAUUGAAAAUCAAGAGUCAUAUUCAUACAUCACAUUCGCCCUUUCCAACAUCCGACAAGGAUAUUGAAAAAAAAAAUUAGCAUUUGAAAAUCACAUUUUGUAGUUUUUAAGAAUUGGUCACGCAAAAGUAUUGACGACAAAGCGCAACCACAAGUGAACUAAUGUGCCAUAAUCAAAGUUGAAGGUUUUCCUUCGACUAGAUGUGUAAAUACUCCCGUAGGUUAGAUGUAUACAAAUGAUAAUUUCAUCGCCAUCAUUACAGCUGGACCAAAAACCAAAAAAUACUGUAGUUUUAAACGAAAAGCAUUUUGGAAACAAUCAGCCCUUAUUUAUGAUUUUGUACAAAUUGUAAUGUUUCUAUGCUUUUUAUUUCGCCGUUACUUACGUAAUUUAAGUUUAAGUUAUUUGCUUACAAAUUUUUAGUUUUAACAUUUGUUUAUCAAAAAGGACGAGAACGUUCUAGUCUUGCAUUUAUUUUUCAUUAAAGUUAUUUUGUUUUGUAACCUAAGUUAGCUUUAUUAUUGAAUUCUCAAUGUAUAUUUUCUGUAACGACUGCAAUCGAAUGAGUUUUUCUAAUCAUCUGACUUUUACUUAAGUUCGUUUUAUAAAUUAUGUUUUUAGCAUUACGCACAUUAUCACAACUUGAUUUAUAAUGAUAACGACUCCUUUCUAGAGGAAGAACGGUAAGCUGAUAUUCAUGGUGCCAACAAUAGCAAUAGCAGUAGUGCUCGUAGUAUUCAUAGAAAUUUAGAAAUGCCUUACCAUGCUGAGGUUGAGGCCGGAAACUGUGCAAUAACACCAAAGAGAUUUCAGUCUCGAAAUAAUAUAAUUUUGUAGAUGAUUAAGAAAACCAAAACCUCUGUACAAUAAAGAGAUGAACACAAAAAAUCAAUAUGUUAGAAUAGAUCAAGAAGACUUUUAAUAAUAAAGAAUUUUUGUAACAAAAA